CCCGGCCGUCCACCGACUAACACCACCAUGUAAGUGAAGUGCAGUGCCCAGGAUUGAUGAGGUAACGAGUGAGGAUGUCUCAGGCCCCCGGCGGCAAGAAGCCGGGCAAGGGCCCUCCGAAGAAGGCCCCCGUCAUUGAUGAAGACAAAAGUGCUCCGGCCAAAGCCGAUGAGAAGGAUGAGACUGCUAAUAAUGGACCUAAAGAUGGAGAGAAGAAAGAGACGAAGGAGGGCAACGGGGAUGUCCCGAAGCCGCCAAGUGCUGGGGCCAACUUACGAGAGGUGGCUUCGAAGGUGCUCAUGCUGGCGCAGAAAGGGGAAUGGCCGGCGGUGGAGCAGACCCUCAAGGCAUUGGAGAAGCUGGUGGCGGCUGGUGGAGAAGAUGCCGUCACCGUGCCCAUGGCAGGCAUCAUGGAUCCGGACAAUUACAAUGUGCUACACAUAUCGGCGAUGUACGCUCGGGAAGACGUCGUCAAACUGUUGCUGUCCAAAAGAGGAGUGGACCCGUUCGCCACGGGAGGGAGUCGACAGCAGACGGCAGUGCACCUGGUGGCCAGCCGACAGACAGGAACCGCCACCAGCAUCCUGAGGGCGCUGCUCACGGCUGCCGGGAAGGAUAUUCGACUCAGGGUCGAUGGUAGAGGAAAAAUACCGCUGCUGCUGGCUGUGGAGGCAGGCAACCAGAGCAUGGUCCGCGAGCUCCUCAGCGCGCAGACUGCCGAACAGCUCAAGGCCAGCACACCUGCCGGAGACACAGCUCUGCACUUAGCAGCUAGACGUCGAGAUGUCGACAUGGCCCGCAUAUUGGUGGACUACGGUGCCGCCGUGGAUGCCGUCAAUGGUGCUGGUCAAACGGCCCUUCACAUAGCAGCCUGUGAAGGGGACGAACCUUUAGUUAAAUACUUCUAUGGAGUAAGAGCAAACGCAGCUAUUGCUGACAAUGAAGAUCGAACUCCAAUGCAUUUGGCUGCGGAGAACGGUCACGCAGGUAUCAUCGAGCUGCUGGCUGACAAGUUCAAGGCUUCCAUCUUCGAGAGGACCAAAGAUGGUAGCACUCUCAUGCACAUUGCGUCACUCAACGGGCAUGCAGACUGUGCCAUGAUGCUCUUCAAGAAAGGUGUCUAUCUACACAUGCCGAAUAAGGACGGUGCGAGGAGUAUUCACACUGCAGCCCGGUACGGCCACGUGGGGAUCAUCAACACCCUGCUACAGAAGGGGGAGAGCGUCGACGUUACUACCAAUGACAACUACACGGCCCUCCACAUCGCGGUGGAGUCGUCGAAGCCGGCCGUCGUGGAGACCUUGCUGGGCUUCGGCGCCGAUGUCCACAUCCGCGGCGGGAAGCAGAGAGAGACGCCGCUGCACAUCGCCGCGAGGAUCCCGGACGAUUCUCUGACAGGUGACAAAUGUGCGCUGAUGCUGCUAAAGUCAGGUGCGGGGCCCAAUAAAGCAACGGAGGAUGGCAUGACUCCGGUGCACGUCGCAGCCAAGUUCGGCAACCUGGCUACCCUCAUGCUGCUAUUAGAAGACGGCGGGGAUCCCCUAAAGAAGAAUAAGACUGGUGAAACCCCCCUUCAUAUGGCUUGUCGGAGCUGUAAACCUGAUGUUGUACGGCAUUUAAUAGAAAUAGUAAAAGACCAAAAGGGAGAGAGUGUCGCCAUUUCAUAUAUAGACACAGUUGACGAUGACGGAGCCAGUGCUCUUCACUACGCCUGCAAGAUCACGAAGGAAGAAGUAAGAAUAGCUUCAGCAGAUAGGGAAGUCGUUAAAUGUCUUUUAGAAAACGGGGCUGAUGUUACUUUGACGACGAAACACAAUCAUGAAACAGCAUUCCACUUUUGCGCAGUAGCUGGAAAUAAUGACGUCAUGACUGAAAUGAUUACACACAUAUCGGCUGCCGAUGUUGGAAGAGCUCUCAACAAACAGAACAAUAUAGGCUGGACUCCUUUAUUAAUAGCGUGUAAUAGAGGCCAUAUGGAACUUGUCAACACGUUACUCACUAAUCAUGCUAGGGUAGACGUUUUCGACGUAGAAGGUCGGUCGGCAUUACAUUUAGCAGCUGAACAUGGCUAUUUACAAGUAUGUGAUGCGUUACUAACAAAUAAAGCUUUCAUCAAUUCAAAAGCUAGAAACGGUAGAACUGCUCUUCAUUUAGCAGCAAUGAAUGGAUACGCCCAUUUAGUGAAGUUUUUAAUACGAGAUCACAAUGCCAUGAUUGACGUUCUGACGUUGAAGAAACAAACGCCAUUACAUUUAGCCGCUGCAAGUGGUCAGAUGGAAGUCUGCAAACUCCUCCUUGAAUUAGGGGCCAACAUAGACGCCACAGACGAAUUAGGACAGAAGCCAAUACAUGCAGCCGCGCAGAACAACUAUUCUGAAGUCGUUCAGUUGUUUCUACAACAGCAUCCAAAUCUGGUAAUGGCAACAACGAAAGACGGGAACACAUGUGCACACAUAGCAGCUAUUCAGGGUUCAGUGAAAGUGAUUGAGGAACUAAUGAAAUUUGAUAGGACAGGUGUGAUAUCUGCGAGAAAUAAGUUAAAUGACUCUACUCCUUUGCAAUUAGCUGCUGAAGGCGGACACGCUGAUGUAGUUAAAGUGUUAGUGAGGGCAGGCGCGUCUUGUACUGAUGAGAAUAGGGCGGGUUUAACGGCCGUUCACCUGGCAGCAGAACAUGGGCAUACGAAUGUAUUAGAUGUGAUGCGAUCCACUAAUACACUAAGGAUAUCUAGUAAAAAGCUUGGUUUAACACCACUUCAUAUAGCAGCUUACUACGGACAGGCAGAAACUGUGCGAGAACUUUUGUCCCAUGUCCCCGGGACGGUCAAGUCUGAGCCUCCCACGGGAGUUUCGUUGGUCCCAGUAUUAGGGGCAGAGUCUGGACUUACUCCGCUUCACCUCGCGGCUUACAACGGAAACGAGAACGUAGUACGACUACUACUCAACUCGGCGGGUGUCCAAGUAGAUGCAGCAAGUACUGAAAAUGGUUUCAAUCCUCUUCAUCUUGCUUGUUUCGGAGGACACAUGUCCAUCGUUGGUCUACUCCUCAGCAGAUCAGCAGAAUUACUACAAAGUACAGAUCGUCAUGGCAAGACUGGACUUCACAUAGCUUCAACCUACGGUCACUACCAAAUGGUUGAAGUGUUACUUGGGCAAGGUGCAGAAAUCAAUGCCACCGACAAGAACGGAUGGACUCCACUACACUGUGCUGCAAAAGCAGGCCAUCUGAACGUAGUCAAAUUAUUAUGCGAAUCUGGCGCGUCACCUAAAAGCGAAACUAAUUUAAGCUGUGCGCCAAUUUGGUUCGCGGCAUCAGAAAAUCACAAUGACGUCCUUGAGUAUUUACUACACAAAGAACACGAUACCCAAUCACUUAUGGACGACAAACGAUUCGUUUAUAACCUGAUGGUGUGUUCUAAGAAUCACAAUAAUAUUCCGAUUGAAGAAUUCGUGCUAGUUUCGCCGGCACCUGUGGACACUGCCGCCAAGUUGUCGAAUAUUUACAUCAAUUUAUCUACCAAGGAAAAGGAGCGUGCCAAAGACCUCAUCGCUGCGGGGAAACAAUGUGAAGCGAUGGCCACCGAGCUCUUGGCAUUGGCCGCGGGCGCCGACUCGGCUGGACAUAUACUCACCGCCACGGACAAUAGAAACAUCGAGUUCUUAGAUGUCCUGAUAGAGAAUGAACAAAAAGAAGUCAUAGCCCACACAGUCGUUCAGAGAUAUCUUCAGGAACUCUGGCGCGGCAGCCUCAAAUGGAGCGGCCUCAAAAUCAUGUUCCUCUUUUUCAUGUUCAUAAUUUGUCCCCCUGUUUGGGUGGUCUUUUCUCUUCCGUUGGGGCAUAAGUUUAAUAAGAUACCCAUAAUUAAGUUCAUGUCAUAUCUGACCGCCCACAUUUACCUGAUGGUGCUUCUGUCUCUAGUGGCGAUCACUCCUAUUUAUAACUCUAUUUUUAGGGAAAGUCUAGUACCAAAAUGGUACGAGUGGAUGCUUCUCAUAUCAUUGAGUGGUCUUUUACUCUUUGAACUCACGAAUCCUAGUGACAAAUCAGGUUUAGGGUGGAUAAAAAUAGCAGUACUAUUAUUUGGUAUGAUCGGUGUAGCGGUCCACGUAGCAGGGUGGAUAUUUGUGCAGCCUAAAUACUGGCCAACGUUGAUGUACUGCAGAAAUCAGUGUUUCGCUUUGUCUUUUUUAUUAGCCUGCGUACAAAUUUUAGACUUUUUAUCUUUCCAUCAUCUCUUUGGCCCAUGGGCGAUCAUUAUUGGAGAUCUAAUGAAAGACUUGGGAAGAUUUCUUGCAGUGUUAGCUAUAUUUGUAUUCGGAUUCUCAAUGCACAUCGUGGCUUUGAAUCAGCCAUUUAGGAACAUAACGAAAGCGGAAGAUAAUAAAUACGCAAGGCAACAGAGACGGAAACUCUUUUCCGACGUGACCAUGAACCCGCUAUCUUCGUUCGAGUUACUAUUCUUCGCUGUCUUCGGUCAGACCACGACUGAAAACACGAGAGUUCAUCGUGCCGACAGCAACAUGCAACCCGCUUGGACGAAUUACUUAUUCAAAAUUGUGUUCGGCAUCUACAUGUUGGUGUCGGUUGUGGUUCUGAUCAAUCUACUCAUUGCUAUGAUGUCAGACACGUACCAAAGGAUCCAGGUAAACUCAGCGCUUGCGCACCUUACGCGCAGUGCGUUGUACGUUGUCUGCAUUCAAUAUAACACGGCUUCUAGUUAUAAAUAUGAAUGUUCAUUUUUAAAUAAAAUAUGGACUCAUAAAAUCGUCUUAGUAUAAAUAAAUACGUUUAAAUUAAAUAAUAAUAAUAAACCUACCUAUACUAAUCGCACUCUUUUCUUAAAUUGCACCGAAAACCUGUCCGGGUACUAAU